CAGGUUCAGAACUCUCGAGCAAAGGAAAAAGUGGAAAAUCCUAGCCCUUCAUCGCCGCCGCCGUCCCCAGGUCCUCAGCGCCGCCGCUUCUUCCUCUUCCCCGUGUCCGGAACCCAGUAGCUCGGCACGUCGUCUUCACCUUCGCCUGCUUCUCGGUAAGGAACCCAGGUUAGUGGCUUCUCGUCUUCAUCUUCACUGAAUGUUCGGUCUUCUUCUUGGUUUGAAGUUCUGAAAUUGUUGUUCUAUGGUCUGCUUCUUCGGUCUUCUUUUUCAAUUUUUGUUCCAUUUUUCUUCAAUUCUUCUUCGUCGGUCUUGGUUUGAAGUUUGGUUCUGAAUGUUUUAAUUGUAAUUGCCUGUAGCUGAUGGAUCUGUUGCUGAUGGCUGUAAGUUUUUUUUUUUCAAAUUUACUGAUGGCUUGAUGGCUCUGUUAGUUUGUUACUUUGUUUUAGUGUGACUGUUUUCUAAUUGCUCAAUGGCUCUGAUAGUGUUUUACUGGUUUACUAGUUGCUGAUGGCUCCUAAUUGUUUUGUUCAAAUUUGCUAAUGGCUUUGUUUUGUAGUUUUUGGUUUUGCUGGGUGAAGAUUUAGUGUUAUUGCUGGCUUUGUUUGUAAUUGCUGGGUGAAGGUUCAGGGUUUUGUGAUUAUUGGUUAAUGUUUUGGUUUGUUUGUUUUGUGAUUAUUGCUAGGUCUAGUGUGAUUACUGAUUAGGGAUUACUUGCUGCUGUUGCAAUUUCAGGUUUAGUGUGAUUACUGAUUAGGGAUUACUUGUUGCUGUUUUGUAAUGUAAUAAUGUUUGUUGCUGAAUGAUAAUGCUAAUUUCCCUGCUGGUUGGAGCAAAAUUUGUCUGUUGGUGAUAAUGCUAAUUUUUCUGCUGGUUGGAGCAAAAUUUGUGAAUCGAUUAAUGGAAAGGAAAUCAUUAUUCAAAUGCUGCUACUCAUUGAUUUUGUGCUGCUGCUGUGUUUUAAUUUCUGAAAGUUUUGUUGAAAUUUGGUUGUUGCUGCUAAGCAUGGAAAUCAAAUAAUGAAAAUUUUGUGCUUCUGCUCAUUGAUUUUGUGCUACUGCUGUUUUUUCAAUUUUUAAAAUCUUUGUUGAAAUUUUCUUGCUGUUGCAAAAAAUAGAAAUAAAAUCAUUAUUGAAAUUUUUUAUUCUUCUUGUUCACAUAGAAAUUAACCCAUUUACCUGUUUCCAUAGCUCCAAUAACCCCACAAGAGUAAAGCACACUAACCAUAGUAACCCCAUUGGGUUCCACAUUAGCGUUUUGCAUCUCACUGAACAGAGCAAGCGCAUUGCUGCAUCGUUUCGCUUGACUAUAUCCUGAAAUCAUAGCACUACAUGCAACGACAUCUCUACAUUUCAAUUGAUCAAACAAGGUUCUUGCCUUGUCAACAUGGCCACACUUUGCAUACGUGUCAAUGAACCGGUUAGACUAGUAAACCAGUAAACCAGUAACUAGAGCGGUUUGAUAAUCGGUCCGGUUUUCAGAACCGAAUUUCUACCAGUUCAAAAAUGAAAAUCCAUUAUUCUACGACCAAAAAACAAAGUUGCAUUAUGCUCAACGGAUUCUGCAUCACUUCGCACUUCUCUAUUAUCUGUUCGCUGCCACCGCCUGAGCCUCUCCGCUUGUAGCUGCCAGCUGCCAAUUUAGAGUGCUUCUGUCGGUUUUUUAUUGUGUGUGUGGAGUUUUCUCUCCGCCGAUGUCUCAUUGUCUCCGUCGCAGCCGCCGCUGCCUGAUGCUUGUGUUUCUUCAAUCUUCAACUUCUGCUCUGGUGCUGUGAGUCUGCGACGACGCCACUCUGCUUCGGCGUCAGCUCUCCUGCUUCCGCUCUCGCCAGUCGCCACCGCUGCUUUCGCCGUUCUGCUUCUGCUGCUUUUUCGGUGCGAAUUUGCUACUAUUGUUGGACCUGAAAUGAACUGGGGAACCUGUGGAAGAUUAUUUUGAAGAAGAAUUUCAAUGAUUCGUCACCGCAAAUUGCUCUCUUCCACUACAAAUCUUUGCAAACUCACCCACAAUCUCUUUGUCCCUCGCUCCUCCAUUUCCCCGGUACCUUUUAAGCAAAAGUUAAUAUCUUUUACCUCUAUAACCGCAUUUACUUCGGUUCGGAGAAUCGCAGGUUUCUGCAAAGAUUUGAACUUUGUUGAGCAGCUUAGUUCAAUCAGAUGCUACUGCCAUAAUGGUGGUGGGCAUAAGGAAUGGACUGAGGAAAUUGAGUACUUGGAUGAAUCGGGUAGUAUUCUUUACAAGGGUAAGGGUAUAAGGUCCGUGGAGCCUGGGAUCGAUGAUCAUGUGAUGGUGGGUGAGGUCAAGAAGCCCUUUGUAAAUGCUGCGGCUGUGGCGAAAAUAGUUGAAGUUGUGAAGAGGUGGAAAUGGGGGCCAGAGUUGGAGACACAAUUGGACAAGCUCCAGUUUGUGCCUAACAUGACUCACAUUGUUCAAUCCUUGAAGAUCAUUAGUGAUAGUGAUGCAUGUUUGAGUUUGUUUAGGUGGGCGAAGCGGGAACCUUGGUAUUCAUUUAGUGAUGAGUGUUAUGUUAUCUUGUUUGAUUCUCUUAACCAGCGUAGGGACUUUGAUGGAAUACAAUCAUUGUUUGAUGAGAUGGUUGGUGAUUCUACCAAUAAUGGAGCUUCCUUGUCUGUUUCAUGUAAUCGGGUGAUUCAAUAUUUGGCCAAUGCUGAGAAGUUGGAGGUCUCAUUUUGCUGCUUUAAGAAGAUACAGGAGGCUGGUGGUGAGAUUGAUACCGAAACAUACAAUUCCCUUAUUACUUUGUUUUUGGGUAAAGGUUUGCCUUAUAAGGCAUUUGAGAUAUAUGAGAGCAUGGAAAAGGCCAGUUGUUCGUUGAAUAGUUCAACUUAUGAAUUGAUGAUCCCAAAUUUGGCAAAGUCAGGCCGUCUUGAUGCUGCUUUCAAACUCUUCCAAGAAAUGAAAGGAAGAGGUUUCCGGCCAGGCCUAAGCAUCUUUUUGUCCCUUGUUGAUUCAAUGGGGAAGGCUGGGAGAUUAGACAGUGCAAUGAAGGUUUACACAGAGAUGCGAGGUUAUGGGUACAAGCCACCACCUACUAUAUUUGUUUCUCUAAUUGAAUCUUAUGUGAAGUCUGGAAAGUUAGAAACUGCUCUUAAGCUUUGGGAUGAGAUGAAGAAAACAGGGUACAGGCCUAACUUUGGGUUAUACACUUUGAUCAUUGAAUCCCAUGCGAAAUCAGGGAAGCUUGACAUUGCUCUGUCUGCAUUUUCUGACAUGGAGAAAGCGGGCUUUCUGCCGACUCCAUCUACAUAUACUUGUCUAUUGGAAAUGCAUGCUGCGUCUGGACAAAUAGAUCAGGCCAUGAGGCUGUACAACUCAAUGACAAAUGCUGGUUUGAGGCCUCCUCUGAGCACUUACACUGUUCUUUUGACUCUACUUGCUAAUAAGAAGCUGGUGGAUGUGGCUGCCAAAAUCCUACUUGAAAUGAAGGCCAUGGGAUAUUCAGUGGAUGUCACAGCUAGUGAUGUUUUGAUGGUUUAUAUCAGGGAAGGUUCAGUUGAUCUUGCUUUGAGGUGGCUGCGUUUCAUGGGCUCAUCCGGGAUUAGAACCAAUAAUUUUAUAAUCAGGCAGUUGUUCGAGUCGUGCAUGAAGAAUGGAUUAUAUGAAUCAGCCAAGCCUCUUCUUGAAACGUAUGUAAACUCGGCUGCAAAAGUUGACUUGAUACUUUACACUUCCAUUCUAGCUUAUCUAGUUAGGUGUCAGGAAGAGCAGAAUGAGAGACGCUUGAUGUCUAUCCUUAGUGCUACGAAGCAUAAGGCGCACGUUUUUAUGUGCGGACUUUUCUGUGGCCCAGACCAGAGGGGACAACCGGUGUUAUCUUUUGUCAGGGAAUUCUUUCAAAAUAUUGAUUAUGAAUUGGAGGAAGGCGCAGCAAGGUACUUUGUGAAUGUUCUUCUCAAUUACCUAGUUCUAAUGGGGCAGAUAAACCGAGCUCGAUGUGUUUGGAAGGUUGCAUAUGAGAACAAGCUUUUCCCAAAGGCUAUAGUUUUCGAUCAGCACAUCGCCUGGUCCCUUGAUGUUAGAAACUUGUCUGUUGGAGCAGCUCUUGUAGCAGUAGUGCACACUCUUCAUAGAUUUAGGAAGCGAAUGCUCUAUUACGGUAUUGUACCAAGACGGAUUAAGUUGGUGACAGGGCCCACUUUAAAGAUCGUGAUUGCGCAGAUGUUGAGCUCUGUAGAGUCUCCAUUUGAGGUCAGUAAGGUGGUUCUUAGGGCCACAGGAGAUUCAGUCAUGGAGUGGUUCAAGAAACCGAUAGUUCAGCAGUUUCUUCUGAAUGAAAUUCCAUCUAGGGCUGAUAUCCUGAUGCACAGGCUCAACAUACUUUUUCCCAGUUCAGCACCUGAAAUUAGGUCUUUAUCCCCACCUAAACCUCUCAUUUCUGGCAGGGAGUAUAAGCAAUCUUCGUAGCCAUUGGAUGGUAACAGGUACUUCAUUUUUAAUUGUAAGUCAAAGGGUUACUGAGUUGUGCAAAUGCUUCAUGUGUUUAGAAAGCCAAUGCCAUGAACAGAUAGGUAGGUAAUAUUAAAGAAUUUCGAAUAAAAUUUUUCCCAUGACAUGCAUAUUAGAUUAUUUCGUUUCAAAUUUUCAAUUAGUUCCAUUGUGAUGAGUGGUGCUUGAAGUUAAAUGGACAAAAGAGAAUGAUGACUGCAUAGGACGAAAAAAGAUUACAUGUAUUAAGUACAUAGAGAAAGUAGGAAAUAACGCCUUAAAAGCUAGUUGUUAAGUGGGAAGAACCACUCUUCUUAAUACAACAUCAAACAUUUCAUACUACCCGAUGUAGGACUUUGGACACUGCAUAAUACCCAAGUUCCUAACAUGUUUUUCCUCCAAAGAGUUGAGGACUUCAAUGCAAUUUACUACAUGGAUACAGAUUUUGCUGGUGUUAACUGGAGGAGCUAUUUUUUGGAAAUGUUAAACUAACUAUUAAUAGCUCUUCUGCUAUACAUGCUGAACAUGUUGUUUGUUAUGGUGCUGCUUCACAUGCAAUGUAGAUGAAAAGCUGUUUGUACUCUUAGAAAAGUAGAUUUCAUUGCAAAACCUCUGAUAAUUUACUGCUGGAAUAGUUCUGCUACAAUAGAAGGACUUCUUUUAAGCUUUUUCAAACAUAUUUAGGCGUCACUCUAGAUUCAUGGAGCUAUUUAGUCAUACUUAUAUAUACUUUCUAUGACAAAUAGCUCCAUAAAUUUCUUUCUGCAAAAUGAAAAUCGGAAGAGAGACAUAUCCUUCAUUCUUUCUUCCAUUAAGAGACAUGAUCAUAACUUUCUAGGUAACAUAUAAUAUAUCAUCUCAUGU